UAUUUCUCAGAUGAUUUUCCCUAAUGCUGUGCAUGAAGUCAGAAGAUGAACUGGAAUAACAUUCUCCACACAAUAAUCUUCCUUUCUCUUACCGGACCUGGAAUUGUGGGAAAUACCCUAAUGUUUGUGAGAUAUGUGUAUAAUUCUGCCUUGGGGCCUGAGAAAAAGCCUGUAGACCUUAUUCUCAUCCACUUGGCAUUUUCUAAUAUGAUCAUUAUUUGUAGCACAGGGAUGAAAGACAUAGCCACAGUGUUUUAUUUCAGAGACUUCCUAGGAGAUGUUGGCUGUAAAGCUGUGGUUUAUCUGGCAAGGAUGGCACGGGGCCUCUCCAUCUGCACCACCUGUCUCCUCAGCGUGGUCCAGGCACUCACUAUCAGUCCCAGGAACAACCUUUGGAUGAAGCUCAAACCAAAAACUUCAUGGCAAGUUCUUUUCUUUCUCAUUCUCUUUUGGAUUGUGAAUGUUCUCAUAAGCUCCAACUUGCUCCGCUACAUCAAAGCAGGCAGUGGCUUGAACAGGUCUGUAGCUAGACUGUUCAUUGGCCACUGCUAUAUGUUGCCAUCCAGACAUAUGAUCAAGUGGCUUUUCCUCUCUCUCAUGACUCUUCGUGAUGCCAUCUUUCAGAGUCUGAUGGGCUGGAGCAGUGGCUCCAUGGCUCUCCAUCUUUAUAAGCAUCACAAGCGUGUCCUCUACCUUUACAGCUCCAGGCUUGCAAACAACUCUCCUCCAGAAAUCAGAGCUACAUGGAGUGUUCUUAUUCUUAUGACCUGCUUCCUUUUCUUCUAUUGGGUAGAUUGCAUUCUCUCCUUCUACACAGGUUUCACAGUGACACAUGAUUCUAUUUCAUUAAAUAUUAAAACAUUUUUAGAACUUGGUUAUGCUAGCUUCAGCCCCUAUGUUCUAAUUAGCAGAGAUGUCCAUGUUCCUAAUGUUUUGCAUGCUCAUUGA